AUGGCGCAGCCGCAGCAGGAGACCGUGAAGCGGCAGGAGCAGAUUGUGGAGGAGGACGAGUUCGAGGAGUUUGAGGUGGAAGACUGGGACUCGCGGCAGGAGGACCCCAAGAACCAGCACCUGUGGGAGCAGGACUGGGACGACGACAACAUCGCCGACGACUUCAGCCAGCGGCUCAAGGCGGAGCUGGUACGGCAGCAGCAGCAGCAGCAGCAGCAGCAGGAGGCGCCAAAGUGA